GCAUUAUAUGAUUUUCGAUGAAUUCAGAAUCCUUAAUGUUCAUCUACAAUGGCUGAAUAUUACUAGUAUUUUGCGACCUUUUCAGGUCACUGAAAUCCAAUUUGCAACUCUGGUUGAUUCAUUGUGAGUAUUUCUUCAUGUGGUUGAUGCAUUGCUGUGGCGUACGUUUUGCUAUAAAAUUCACUUACGUGGUACAAAUUGACCAAUCAGAACCUCUAUAGAUUCCAUGCUCGAGAAUUGCAGAUACAUUGCUUGGGCUGUCUAGGAAUUUUCUGCGUAGCUAUCUAAUCAUGGAGCAGCGUGUACGUGUGGCUGAAGUCCAAACAGUGCGCUCUAAAUUGUUCAGGGUCGUUAUUGCUGUAGCUGACAUUUUUAGAGGAAAGGAGCGAACGCAGGACCUGUCGGCUGAUUUCUGUAGCCAUUUGGAGUUUUUUGACUAUGUCGGAUUCUUUAAAAAGUCUUGUUUUUCCGAGGUGAAAGUUAUCAAAGAUAUGCAAGAUAGAAAAGUACGUCUGAAAGGUCAUGGUGAUAAAUUUUUUUCUGCCUGCAACAAGUGUAAGGGUGUGGAAAGGACAUUACGGCAGAAUGAACACGUGCUUAAUGAUGAAAGAAAGUGGAAUAUUGUAGUAAAGAAUGAAGAAUUUGUAAGAGGCAUUAUGAACAAGUCGAAGAUAAUGGCAAAGGUAGAUCCUGAUGAAUCAGGAAAGUCCGUCAAUAUAAUGGCCACAGAUGGUGUGCACUGGAAGAGAGCGGAAAAAGCUCUAACGGAAUCUAUUGUUGUGAAAGAAGUCAAAAUACCGAAAAAUGCGGAUAUUGAUUUUGAUGGUGAAGACUUUGAAGACUUUCGAUCAGAGCUGGAGAAUAAUAGGAUUGUAGUGUUAGAUCAUAAACGAUCGUGGAUGGGUAUUUUGAAACUUAUUGGCGCAAAAGAGGACGUAAGGAAAGCAACAAUUUUAACCAAACAGUUUCUUGCAUCAAAACAAAGAAAUGAUCUAUGGCAUGUUAAUAACAAUGAUUUUUCAACAAGGAAGGAACAACCAUUAGAAGAUGAUCGAAUGUGGGAAUUUGUGGCAAAUAACGAAAAAUACGUGGAGGAAAUAAUGACAUCGCGGGAAAUAACUGCAAAGGUUGAACUUCAUGGAUCAGGAAAGUCGGUAUUUAUAACAGCUAAGGACGACGUGCAUUGGCUUAGAGCUCAGAAAGCUCUCGCGGAAUCGAUCAUCAUUGAGCGCGUACUAAUACCACAGGAUGCUGGCAUUGAUAUUGACAGUGAAGACUUUCAGACGUUCAGGUCAAAUCAGGAGAAUGACCAGAUCAUAAAGAUAUAUUUCGUCACAUUAGAUGAUUCCAGUCAGGUCAUAGACAUAAUCGGGGCAAAUGAGAGUGUUACGACAGCAAAAUUCGCUGCAAAGAAGUUCAUUGCAUCAAAAGAAAGAAAUGAACAGGAUCGAUCUGCCGGCAUUUCCACAAUUGAUCUGCCAUUGACGUGGGAUGAACAAGCCAAGGGGAAGGUGGCUCAACUUGUAGACGUACUACCAUCAUCAAACGAAUACCAAGAAAUAUUUCAGUUGUUCAAUGAUAGUAUUGAAGGCGGGUAUUCGGUGACAAAAAUUGAAAGAAUUCAAAAUCCUGCUCUUUAUAGAGCUUACAUGGUGAAAAAACAAUCAAUGAUGGGAGGAGAAAACGAGAAGAGGUUAUUUCAUGGCACAGAUGUGAAAAAUGUCGAGGCUAUAAAUGUUAAUAAUUUCAGUAGAAGUUAUUCAGGGAUAAAUGGUCACACGUAUGGUAACGGCGUGUACUUUGCAAGAGAUUCUGCAUACUCGUUGCGAUUUUGCGACAGUUCUGAUAGUCAGGAUGCUCAAAUGUAUAUCGUCAAAGUUUUGGUUGGAAAAUACAGCCUCGGAAAGAAAGAUAUGAACGCACCACCCUCGAGGAACGAUCCCCACAACCCUGGCUUGAAUUUUGACUCACUUGUGAAUGACACGACAGAUCCGACAAUUUUCGUCAUAUUUCAGGACCACCAGUGUUAUCCUGAAUACCUUAUUUCAUUUAAAAAACGAACAAGAACUUGGAGUCUCAAAAAUCUUUUUAGGAAGAACAAAAAUUGAAAAUAUGCUGGCAAGCUUCUAAAUUUUAACAUAGGCUCUUUUCUGAAUGAUUGAAUUUUUUGCCUUUGAUCUGCUAUUUAAAUAUUGCGCGUUAGAAAUUAAUGAAUCAUUCUGUAUAUAUGAUUAACACGAGAAAUAAAAACGUCUUUUUAGGUGCUGUGAU